AUGAGUGAAAGGAAAUUCGCGACGGCUAUUGAACGUCAACUUGACCUUUUUCGCACGGCCACAGAAUGGUCCGAUUUAGUGACGUAUCUCACUGGUUUAGAGAGUAUUUUGCGAAUGUACAAGUUUAGUUAUAUUCCUACUCCCGAUUUAUUCUAUCGGCGUUUAAGCCAGUGUCUUAAUCCGGCCUUACCCGCUGGUGUCCAUACUAAAGCUAUGGGAGUUUAUCGGAUUAUUCUUUCAAAACUUCCACCGGACGGACUGGCGGAAGAUAUUGAGAUUCUUUGUUUGGGCUUAUUUUCCUUUUAUGGCCAUGCUAAUCUAUCAACUAUGCCGGUUUACAUUGAGACUAUUAAAAUGAUUGUUGAAACUCUGGGUGAGAAGUCGGCUAAACUUUGCCGGCAUAUUGUCCUGAGUGUUAUUAUGGGCUUGGAAGAGGAGAGUAGUGAGACUCGGAAUGGGGCGAAUGGAGUACUGGAGGCCUUAGAACGACGAGCAGGUAAAGAAAGAGUAGUGGAUGCAGUUUGGGAGAUUUUAGGAUUAGGUAAUGAGUUAGUGCCUGGUUGUAUUGUUUAUUUAGCUAAUAUUCCUUUGGGUUUGCGUCCUAAGAUAAGGAAUGAGUUUGCUAGGGCUUUAGAAUGUACAGAGAUUGUUACAGUUCGUAAGGCUUUUGAUUUGUUAGUCCAAUGGAAAUCGGAAGGAUCACUUAUUGAAAGUCAAGAGAUAACUCUUUCCGUUAUGAAACUAUUACUCCAAAAGGAAAUAUCGUUACAAAAACGCGUACAACAAUGGAUUGAGAUUUUAGCGCAUGAGAAAGAAGGGAGUACUGGUUUAUUUCGGACUUUAGAAGUACUUUAUGCUAAGAAUCCCUCUAUCUACUUUAAAGUCUUAACGGCUUUACAUCAAAGUGUUGAAAAUGUCCAGGAAGUUCUUCUGUAUUCAAUGCAAUGGCUGCUUAAGUCGGUGGCCAAAGAGAACAACAAGUAUGCUAAAGAGUUCUUUUCAGUGGUGAAUCGUCGUUUAGUCUGGCAAGCUCUGGCUACAGCUGAUAAUUAUGUGGUUGAGAAAGCGAUAGUUUUAGGGUUGUUAGAUGAAGUGGCUAGAGAGAAGGAAUUACCUCGGAUUAUUGCCAGUCGAAUUAGAGGGAAGGAUAUUCCCGUAUCUUGGAUUUCCUUAAUUAAACCCGGUCAGGAUGAGUCGGAAGAGAUAGGCCAGGCGGCUCAGGAGUUUUUAAAGGACUGUAAAGUAGAGGAUGGACUGACUCUUAUACUGAGUAUUCUUAGGGUUUAUUUACAUGAUGGACAAAGUGAAGGUUGGCGAUCUGGUUUACUUUUUGCCGAUAUGAUUGGGGAAAUGGUAGGUAGAGUUUGGGCUUUAGAGGAAAUACCGGCUGGUAUUCAUCGUCUGGUAGUGGCUAUGCUUAAGGAGGGAAGUGUAUUGGGUAUGGGUUGGUUUGAACGACGGGCUAAGAGUGAAGCACAAAUCUUCAGUAUUACUUUAAAACUAGCUGAUAAUGCUGAACUCUUUUGGGCUUAUGAUAAUGUUCUUAAAGGACAGAUUCAAGCGGCACUAAUCAAACACUUAUUAGAUACAAAUCUUAGUAAAGACUAUAAGAACCAGGAACACGAUAAACUACUUGAUCGGGCCUUUGCCUUGGUGGAGAAAUCGACUGGUCAAGUUAAAGUUUUAGAUAAGACCUUAUUAGGGUAUCUUCUAUCUUUCUAUGAGGAAAGGAAUUCUUAUCUCAAGCAGCGGCGGGCUAAGCUCUUUUUAGUUCGUUUACGGUGCUAUCGGGAAGUUCUGGAGAUUGUUUGGGAGUAUUUGAAGCAGCGCGUGGAAAGAGGCGAAAAAGAAGUGGUUUUGGUUGAUUGUGAUUAUAACAAGAUUUUGGCUGGAGUUCGGAUUCUAGCGGCUAUGCUUAGGUACUCAAAACGGUUUCGUCGGUUUAUUACUAGUGAGAAUGCUCUUUUCCUGGCUGAGAUAGAGAGUGCAGCUCCAGAGAUAGAGUUUGUACUGGGUAAGAGUAGCAAAGACUUACGUUUAGCACUUUUCUCGCUUCUGCUGGUGCUAAUCUGUGCUCCACAUCGUACGCAUACUAUCACUAAUAUUGAGAUGCACUGGGAGGAAAUAGUCAAUCGAGGACUUAGUGCCUGCCAGAGAUUGUUAGAACAAGGCGAACGAGCGACUGUUCAGCCGGAAAUCAUGGAUCAGUUGAUUUCUAAUCUUAGUCCUGGUACUGUUUGGGAAAGAAUGAAAACGGCAGUCUUACUGGGUAUUGAAGGGUUCUAUUCGGUGGUUAUUGGUGUUUACUGUGAAAAGAAAGAAGUUCGUAGUGAGAUUGUUGAUUUUGUGCUUAAGGAAGGUCUUCUGUCUCUUACUCUGGAGAUUCUUGAGGCAUCUUCACUUAUGAUUCUGGAAGGCGACUGGAACGAAAUCGGUAGAAUGGAUAAGAUCCUGGCCUAUAGUAUUGGUCUUAGUAAAGAAAACGAUUAUAGUGGUGAUCGGCCAUUAACGACUAGUUCUAAACCUCAACCUAAAUCGGCCUCGAGUCUUGUUUCUAAUAUGGAGUUGGUUGCUAGUGAGUCCUGUAAGAUCUACUGGAAGGAAGAAGAGAUUCUUUGGGCUUUGGGUCGGUUUAUGCUGGUCUAUGGGUUUGUGGCCCGUAAGAUUGAACAGGAAAAGUCCCGGCAUAAUAUCCAGAUUUCAGAGAGUGCGGCCAUUCAUAUUCUUGAACAGAUAAGAGCGCGAGCCACUGAGGUGUACGCUAGAACCCCGGAAGUAUUUGCUGAGGCCUUAAUUCGCACCUUUUCAAUUAGUGAUGUUGAAUAUUUGGGAAUUGUUGAUAGCAGUACAACGGAAGCGGUCUUUUGCUCAGUAUUGCUGGCAGGUACUAGUCCGGCUAAAUGGAAGCUACUUCGUAAAUGGAUCACGAUCAUUCCCAAACACAGCUUUAGUUCUACCUCCAAAGCAUUCAGUAUCCUAGGGAUGAUUCUGAGCCAGGCACGUAUUAAACUAGAAGAUACCGGUGUUCUUGCCUUUCUCAGUGAAUUCUACAAAGAGUGUCUCUCACCAGAGAACGCUAGCUUUGGUGCCCAAAUACUUGACGUGUGCAUUGCGAUGAGCAGUCGAGUGAACAUUAAACGAGUCGCUGAUAUCUCUGAAGAGGAAAAACGGUACGAAAUUGCACUGGAAAUGCUUACUGCAGUUGAGCUGGUCAUUCAAACGAGUCUAGAUAAUGCAAUUGCUGUUGAUACAGUUGGUAUUUGGAACGCUCUGAUUGUGCCGUGUUUCCGCCUACCAACCGAAUGUAGUUUGUUUAGUAAGACUCUAGAUGUUUGCCGGCUGGUUUCGCGAAUGAGUGAUAAUAGAAUUUGGAAGCGAGAUUUUUAUGAUCUUAUCUUAUCAGAUAAGUUUUUCAAGGAUAGCUUGCCCAAUAUCAAAACCAAAAUUGAAAUCACGGCUUACUUGGUGGAUCCAGAAAAAGUACUUGAUCUUGUGUCGCGUGCAAGUAGUACAGGAUUCUUUGUUCGUGAGUCUGAUAUUAUUGGCCGGGCUAACCUUAUCAAACGGCUGCGGUUUAUGAUUUUAGGCGCUCCUUUCGCUGAGUACCACCAGGAGAUUUCUGGCAUGCUUGGGUUGGUUUCAGAAAUCUUCUCAAGUUCAUCAGGAAUUAAACUGCUGGUUGCUGAAGCCUAUUCACUAUGCCGAGCCCUAUGCAUUAAGAUGCCAAGCAGUGCACUGGUGAAUCUUUGGCCUAUCGCGGUUAGUGAAGCAAUUUCAGUCAUCCGGAAAACCGAACCUAACCGGCAUUGUGCAAUUGCCUUCUCUGCUUUGCGCUUCCUUGAUUUAGUGGCUAGUUUGGACUAUCCAGAGACCAAAGAGUUCCGAUGGCUGAUAGAAGGCCUGGGAACAGAGUUACCAGACACGUCCUGCACUAAAAGAUCGCCAUGCCUAAUAAAAGCCUCUGAGUGGGCCACUAAGAAUGUCACAAGUAUUCUAAAAAGUGUCGCGGCACAUCACCUUAGGCAAAAGCAUUGCAUGGAAACCGAUAUGGGUGCUCUUUAUUCCUCACUAAUUGAAGAUCUCUCUGAAAUAUAG